AUGCUUCAAAAAAAAAUAAUUUUAAUUACAUGUAGCAGUCGUAGUCCACGUCUGAACCCGUUUAUUACAGACUAUAUUCCAGUUCUUUUACCAAAAGAGGAUCCUACUCCUUAUUACCAACAUGCUACUACUCGUAGGUGGUCAUCGGAAAUUCGAAAAUAUGAUGCCGUUAUAUUUGUUGCCCCUCAGUUUAACUGGAGUAUACCAGCUACUCUAAAAAAUGCAAUUGAUUUUCUUUGUCAUGAGUGGAAUGGGAAACCUACUGGUAUCGUUUCAUAUGGAGGCCAUGGGGGAACUAAAGCAGCUGCUCACUUGCAAGAUAUCACUCGAGGUCUGAAAAUGAAAGCUAUCCCGACGACACCUGCAUUGACCAUCACUCUGAAAACUUUAAAAGAAUGCAUAAAGCAUGGCCGACUGGAUAAUGAGUUGACGCAGUCCUGA